UUGUGAACAUCACAUGAUGGGGCUUUCGGGAGCGCGGACGACUCAUGUUGCUUCUCUCGUUAAACGUUUCAAGUSAUAAAGCAAGUAGGCUAAACCAGGCAAAUGGCAAGUUUAUAUUUUAUUUAAAUCCACACAGGAAACAAUGGAUACGAAGACUGUUUUCUCUCUAGUCUACUUUGUCUGUUUAGCCGUGAAUAGAACUGUGGUUUCCGGGGUCCGUUCCUUCUCCAUAGACUACAAGAACAACUGCUUCCAGAAAGACGGGAAGCCUUUCCAGUAUGUCUCCGGUAGUAUCCACUACUCCCGCAUCCCCCACUACUACUGGAAAGACAGACUGCUCAAGAUGUACAUGGCCGGACUCAACGCUGUACAGAUGUAAGUUCAACAG